AUUGAACGGAAUGAAAUAUAAACUAGUGAGUGAGCCGUUGUGGGUGCUAGUACUCGGAACUAGUGCAGCAAGAUCUGCAAUCAUCCGUUUUUAUAGAACAUUUACCCUAGAUUAUUUUGUCCAGAUCAUCUCAAUAUAUAUUCAGUAACGUGAUCUAUAUGAGAUUUAUCAGCAGAAGGCAACGAGAGACGAAAAUAGUGCAUAUUUGUCCGCUGCCCGGAAUUGCAGCCGCCGUUUGACGUAGCUAACGUUAGCUAGCACUAGCAGCACAGACGACGGGGCCCAGGUCAGCGACUUUCCCAAUUAACAGGGAGUUUUAGCUUUUCUGUUUUAAGAUUUUUAAGACACAUUUUAGCGUGAUGGCUUGUGGGGCUACUCUGAAAAGGACUCUGGACUUUGAUCCACUAAUGAACCAGGCUUCACCUAAAAGAAGGAGGUGCGCCCCGAUCAUGUCUCCAGUCUCUUCACCUCAGAAAUAUUUGCGUAUGGAGCCCUCGCCGUUCGGAGAAGUGUCGUCCAGACUCACCACAGAGCAAAUUCUACACAACAUCAAACAGGAGUACAAGCGGCUGCAGAAACGACGACACCUGGACACCUUCCAGCAGGCAGACAGCUGCUGUCCUCUGGACCUGCAGAAUGUUGACAGUGGAUCUGCUGUACCAGGUACGUCUUCAGGUGCCUCAUCUCCCACCAGAAAAGAGCAGCCUUUAUUUUCCCUCCGACAAGUUGGGAUGAUUUGUGAAAGACUGCUGAAAGAGCGAGAGGACAAAAUCCGUGAGGAGUAUGACGAGAUACUGACGACAAAGCUUGCAGAGCAAUAUGAUGCGUUUGUCAAGUUCACGCAUGAUCAACUGAUGCGAAGGUUCGGAGAGCAGCCUGCCAGCUAUGUUUCCUGAGUGUCAGCGUCUGAUAUUGAGGAAUACAAUUUGCUACAAGCUACUCCAGGGACUUGUGGGUCUAGUUGGACUUUUCUCCUAGCUGUGCUAUAUAGCCUCUAUGUGGACUCAGUUUGUGGCAUCCACGUUUGCUGUGUCUGCCAGAGUUAGGAGGACUUCCUGCUGCCAGUGCCAGUACUCUACCAGUGGCCUCUUAACUGCCGUGUCAAUAUUUAUUUGGCUUUGUUCUGAUGCCUUCGUAAAAGGCUGACUGCCACCACACACUUGGCCUUUUGAUUUUAACUUAGUUUUUUUGUCAAAUUUAGUUAUUUCACAGAGAGGAUGUUAGUUGUGCAGAUUCUCUAUAUGUACAUUUUUGAAAAAGGGAUUGAACAUUGACGAACCAAGACCGCCUUUAGACUGGACUCCAGGAACAGGCAUCUUGGGUUUUUUCAGCAUUGUUUUACUGGCAAUUACAUUUGUAUACACUGUAUUUUUUUAUUUUUUGCUUGACUUUUGUUCAUUGUACCAAAAUGUCAUGAUUCUAUUUGCUGUAGGUAUAAAGGGGCUUUGAUUU